GCCACCUGGGAAUUUUACCUGUUCCAAAAUUAAUAGUAGCAACUACUAAUGAGAAUACUAUGAUCAUACAGCUGGUGGCAGUAUAACCAAAUUUAAUUUGUCUAGAAAACAAUUUGAACGUAUGUAACAAGACCUGCCUGAGAAGUAUUCAGAAUUUUGUGGUCUUUCCCCAUAUCUUGGACUUAUCCAACCAAGUAGGUAACUAAAAACAAUAGCACAAAUUGAAGUUAAAAUGAUUAUAUAAUGUGAUUAAAACUCUAUAAACCAAUGCUUGUGAAAUCUUGAAACUGUAAUUUACUUUCCUCCACAUGUGACACAAUGUGACUUUGUUCAACAGAAACUAAGAUUUAUAAUUGCUAGAUUUUAGUUUUUUCAGUCAGAAUUGUACAUGAAUAUAGUUUAAAGAAUUAAAUAGUUCUAUGAAAUUAAGGUUGGGGAAAGAAAAAAAUCAGUCCUCUGUCUUUUACAUUCUGCCUAGAGAUGUAAGGAACUCUUUUGGUUUCUUAGUUGUUUUGCUGUUCACUGCCAUGUCUCCAAUAUAUUCAUAACUUGUUGAUUUUCAAUUUUAGUCAUUGUCUGCUUUGGAUUUAGCACUCUUCCCACCUCUCCAUGAACCCUAUCAUUUCCUAUAUCUCAGUUUUUCAGUACAGUUAUAAUUCUGGUUUAGAACAGUAGUGUUAUAUUUUUAUGACUAUAAAGGUUAUUUGCUGCUGUAAAUUGGUACUUACCUGCACAACUUUUUUUCCCCUGGCAUUAAUAAUUUUCUUAUUUUUUCUUUUUCUAAAUGUCUGUAUAUCACAAAAUCUACCCCAGUCUGUGUAUCCGAAUGUGAUUCUGUAAGACAGAGAAUGUGCCCUAAAACACUCUGUUUAAGAAUUUUGUGUAGUUUUCUUUAUAUUGGAGAAGGUCGAACUUGAUCAUAAAGAUGGAUUGAUCAUUGAUUAAUGAAAUUGGUGUUUGCUAGUAGAAAUUAAGUAGUUUUGAUGUUUGAAUUAUAAUUUUGUAAGAUUCUGCUAAAUGGCAGAACAGAACCAUUUAACUUUGUUUAAACAACUGUAAGGACAGCUAAAAUUUAUCAGAUAGAAAGCUUUCCUGGUGGAGAAGUAGUAGUCUGUGUUGUCAGCAGCAUCAAAAAAUGUUAAUGUUAUGAAAAUGUUGCCUUGGAGAUUCUGUGUUUUUUUUCCCCCCUAAUCUUAUGGAAAGGAAGGAUCAUUUUACCUGGCAGUGCUUAUGAAUGGUAAGUUGGUACAGAAUUGGGGACAUGUAACAGUGACAAGAUGCUGAAAAAGGAAAAUAGGAACAGUGACGAUGAAUGGAGUAAUAAAGAUUCGAGGCAGUGGCAGUAACUAUUCUUGGAAUGAAGGCAAUGGUCAGGGAUGAUGAAUGGAAAGAGAACACAGCUCUGCAAGUUGAAAGAAAAAGGCAUGUGUUUCUCAUCCAGGUCCUAAGGUUAGCCCCCUGUCUUUAAGUCCUCUUUAUGACUACAUGUUGUACAGGUGUAUAUGCAUUUGUAGUGGAAAGAGAUUGAAGCUUAUUAAAUGGAAAGGCUAAAAUUAUAAACAUUUUAGUAGCUUCAAAAGGCAUCACAAUAUUUUGUGAUUGAUAAAGGUCAGCCAGCUCAUACAUUUACAAAUCUCAGAUGUUCUUUGUAUUCACAAGCAGCAAAACAGACAUGGGAAUGUUUAACGUGGCUUUCUACAAUAUGGUUCCAGAUUCCCUGUAAUGAUUGCUUGAAAAGCGGAGACUUCAGAUAGUUUGAACAUUUAAUGAGAAAAUUGGGAUAAUAUGCAGUGAAGAAGCGGCAAGACAUUUACAUGUCAGAUGAACAGAGCAACAUUCAUUCAGAGUAUCGCCUUUCACUAGCAUCUUCUAGUGGAAAACCAAGGAAAAAUAGAAAUGAAGGUACAUAUGCACACAAAAUUUUGCCUCAUUUGUUUGCUGACAUUUAUUUUCCAUCAUUGCAACCAUUGCCAUGAAGAACAUGACCAUGGUUCUGAAGAGCAUCACAGACACCAUCGUGGAAUGACAGAAUCGGAGUCAAGCGAAUUUUCAGUGCUGGAUGCUGAAAAUGAAAAAAAAUAUUACAUUGAAAAACUUUUUGACCGUUAUGGUGAAAAUGGAAGAUUAUCCUUUUUUGGUCUGGAGAAACUUUUAACAAACUUGGGCCUUGGAGAGAUAAAAGUAGUUGAGAUUAAUCAUGAGGAUCUUGGCCACGAUCAUGUUUCUCACUUAGAUAUUUUGGCAGUUCAAGAGGGAAAGCAUUUUCACUCGCAUAACCACCAGCAUUCCCAUAAUCAUUUAAAUUCAGAAAAUCAAACUGUGACCAGUGUAUCAGCAAAAAGAAACCGUAAGUGUGAUCCAGAGAAAGAGACAAUUGAAGUGUCUGUAAAAUCUGAUGAUAAACAUAUGCAUGACCACAGUCAUCGCUUAUGUCAUCACCACUGUUUGCGUCAUCACCUUGAUCAUAACACUACUCGCCAUUUUCCUAAUGAUUCCAUUACUCACAGUGAGCAUGGGGAGCCUAGCCAUGAACCUUCAACAGAGACCAAUAAAACACAGGAGCAAUCUGAAAGUAAGCUACCAAAAGGAAAGAGGAAGAGAAAAGAGAAGAAAAGUAAUGAAAAUUCUGGGGUUAUUACACCAGGUUUUCCCUCUAACCAUGAUCAGGGUGAACAGUAUGAACAUAAUCGGGUCCACAAACCUGAUCGUGUACAUAACCCAGGUCAUUCUCAUGUACGUCUUCCAGAACAUAAUGGUCAUGAUCCUGGUCAUGGACACCAAGAUCUUGAUCCUGAUAUUGAAGGUGAACUUCGACAUACUAGAAAGCGAGAAGCACCACAUGUUAAAAAAAGUGCAAUUUAUUCAGCUGCUAGUCACAAAGAUCAUAAUGAAGAUGAUCGCCAACAUGAGUGUUUGAACGUCACUCAGUUGUUAAAAUACCAUGGUCAUCGUGCCAACUCUCCAAUCUCAUCUGAUCUAUUUACAUACCUUUGCCCUGCUUUGUUAUAUCAGAUUGACAGCCGACUUUGUAUUGAGCAUUUUGACAAACUUUUAGUUGAAGAUUUAAAUAAGGAUAAAAAUCAGGUUCCUGAAGAUGAGGCAAAUAUAGGGGCAUCAGCGUGGAUUUGUGGUAUCAUUUCUAUCACUGUCAUUAGCCUGCUUUCCUUGCUAGGCGUGAUAUUGGUUCCCAUCAUUAACCAAGGAUGCUUCAAAUUCCUUCUUACAUUCCUUGUUGCGCUAGCUGUAGGAACAAUGAGUGGAGACGCCCUUCUUCAUCUACUGCCCCAUUCUGAGGGCGGACAUGAUCACAGUCAUCAACAUGCACACGGGCAUGGACAUUCUCAUGGACAUGAAUCUAAGAAGUUUCUGGAAGAAUAUGAUGAUGUAUUGAAAGGACUCGUUGCUCUAGGAGGCAUUUACUUAUUAUUUAUCAUUGAACAUUGCAUUAGAAUGUUUAAGCACUACAAACAGCAAAGGGGAAAACAGAAAUGGUUUAUGAAGCAGAACACAGAAGAAUCGGCUAUUGGAAGGAAGCUUUCAGAUCAUAAGUUAAAUAAUACACCAGAUGCUGACUGGCUUCAGCUCAAGCCUCUUGCCGGAACUGAUGACUCGGUUGUUUCUGAAGAUCGACUUAAUGAAACUGAACUGACUGAUUUAGAAGGCCAGCAAGAAUCCCCUCCGAAAAAUUACCUUCAUAUAGAAGAGGAGAAAAUCAUGGACCAUUCUCACAGUGAUGGAAUGCAUGCCAUUCAUGAGCACGACCUCCAUGCUACUGCACAUAACCACCAUGAUGAGAGUAAAACUGUGCUGAGGAAGCAUAAUCAUCAGUGGCACCACAAACAUUCUCAUCAUUCACAUGGUCCCUGUCAUUCUGGAUCAGAUCUGAAAGAAACAGGAAUAGCUAAUAUCGCUUGGAUGGUAAUCAUGGGAGAUGGCAUCCACAAUUUCAGUGAUGGGUUAGCAAUUGGAGCAGCUUUCAGUGCUGGAUUGACGGGAGGAAUCAGUACUUCUAUAGCUGUCUUCUGUCAUGAACUGCCACAUGAAUUAGGUGAUUUUGCAGUUCUUCUUAAAGCAGGCAUGACUGUAAAGCAAGCAAUUGUAUACAACCUCCUCUCUGCCAUGAUGGCUUACAUAGGCGUGCUCAUAGGCACAGCUGUUGGUCAGUAUGCCAAUAACAUCACACUUUGGAUCUUUGCAAUCACUGCAGGCAUGUUCCUCUACGUAGCCUUGGUGGAUAUGCUUCCAGAAAUGUUGCAUGGUGAUGGUGACAAUGAAGAACAUGGCUUCUGUCCAGUGGGGCAAUUCAUUCUUCAGAAUUUAGGAUUGCUGUUUGGAUUUGCCAUUAUGCUGGUAAUUGCCCUCUAUGAAGACAAAAUUGUGCUUGACCUCCAGUUUUGACCAUUCCCAGCAAUCACUGCUGAUGAUGAGAAUGUUACCACGCAGCUUUGCAUCUGUUCCUUGUACUGUAAGCACGUUGCUCAAAGAAAAGUCAGUGGCUUGCACUACUUACAAGUUCAUAGAUUUGAGCCUAACCACAAAGACCAGUGCUCAGUACUGUUUUCCCUGCAUGAAGGGGUCUUUUAAAAAUAUAAAACUUGUGAUAAAGAAAGGAGAAAAUGGGACUCCAUGAACCAAUGUUGAUAUAGGUUUGAUUAAGACUUUUUAUAAAGAAAUAAUCAUAUAAAAAACACUAAAGUAGUCUCUAUUAGUAGAAACUUCUGUGGCUAUGCAGAAAUAGAAAUUGAACCAAAAAGAAAAAAAUCACUUAAACUUUAAAAAUAUUUUAAAUGGACUUCGGGCAGACUUUUCUUUGUGCUAAAAGUGAAUUGUAGUGUCCUUUAAUUCAGCUACAUAUGGUAAUAGGGAUCAACAUGACACAGCUUUGAAGCUGCAUAAGGUAGGACUGUAGCACCUAGAGGAAAGCUCAGGCUGCAUUAGAGUAUGGAUUUAGCAUUGGGAAAAGGCCCUUAUUCUUUGAAUCUAGAGUUACUAUUUUUGUAUAUAUUUGCAUAGGGUUUAAACUUACAGCCUAAACUACUGAAAUUUGUGACUGUACAUUUGUGUGAGCUUCAGUUUAAUGAAAGAUUCAUAAUGGUUCUUUGUAUUAAUAUUAUACUUGGUGUUUGGGCUUUUUUUUUAACUUUUAUUUUUGUGUCAGGUUUUUUGGUGAGGGUAAGGGUUUUGGAGCAUGUGGUAAAAUGUUUUUUUUUUUUCCUUAAAAUUGUAACCCUUUAGAAAAUAUCAGCAAAAUGAAGAAUCCAAACGUGGUCUAAAUAUUCAGAUUCCCUACUUUAACAGAAACAAUUAGUUAUUUGGGAAAUUUAAGUUUUAAAUGUACACAGUGCUCUACCAGUUUGGCACUGGAACCUAGAGCACAUGCUGUGGCUGGCAGUAAGGCCGUAAGUCAGCAAGUUUACCAUGUCCAUAACCUGUACGUUGAGUGUAAGAAUGGUUCUGAGGGUGAUCUCCACUGGUGCCCUGGCUGUCGUGGUACUGAGUUACUUGGAAGAUGCAGUUAAGUAACUCGGCUGAAAUCACUUAUCAUUUUGUGCCAACAUGUGCUUUUCGUGCCUGGUAGGGAUUAGUCUCUUUUUUAGGUGCCCUGUUCUCCUGCCAUAAAUGGUGAAUGAUUUGUGAGAAGUGCAAGCCACAUUUAUCCUGACUUUUGACCUAAUAAUUUGUAGUACUAAUCAUAUGCAUGUAGCUUUUCUGUUUACAUCUUGUGCCACAUGGUCUUCAUUUAUGCCAGGUAAACUGUAUGGGCAGCUUUGUUUUGAUCUGCUUGGCUACCUGUGUAGCAGCUUUAAAAAUCUUACUGUUCAGAUAUUUAAGAGCCAAACUCGUUCCAUUCCAUUUAAAAUGUUUUCAGUUAGUCCUCCUCCUUUCCCCAGUUCCUUUUCUCUUACUCCAUGAACUUUAAAACAAAACUGAGAGCAGUACAUGCAUCCAGGUGUUAAGAGUAUUGCCAGUGUUUCCCCUGUAUGGUGUAAGCAAGGGGUUCAUUAGGUGUUAGUUCCUUCAUUUAUGCUUGGAUUUGAAAAAUUAUUUCUUGCUUUCUUCAUGGCUUCCCAUAACAAGUAGGAGUUUUAUACAUAGAUUACUUCAGCAUUGGGCACUGAAUUAGGACAGUCCUCAUCUCAUUUCUUGACCCUUCAAGCAACCUAGCUAAAAGGUGCUGAUAUUUUAUUUAGUACUGCCAACUUCAAGUGAUUCAGAUAUCUUGCUUUCUGAACCAAGGUUUAUUUAUAGUUCAUUUUGGGGUCUGUAUGCCCAAGGAGAAUUCUGCAUUCCAGCAUUAAAUCUGCUUAAUUUUAAAACUUUUAUGAAAAGCAACAGCUGGAAUAUACUCCCAGUCUUAAAAAUAAAUGCCUGAUUUAAAGCAAUUAGGUUAUGCUGAAGUAGAUAAAGUUUUAUAUUCUCUCAAAAAUGGUAGUAUCUUUAUUUGCUAGAUUUUUUUUAAACUUCUAAGAGGGCUGUAACAGUUCCUGCUAGUAUUUUUCUUGGGGUUCCACCAGUAUUUAGUUUUUACAUCAUCCUAAUGUAUAAUUUCAAGUCUUACUAGACAAUCUGAAUUCCACUACAUUUCUGUUUGGCUCCAACAUUCCAUUUAGCUUGACCAGUCUAAUUUAACAUGUGUUUGUUGGAGGUCAUUAAUGUUACUUGUACAAUGCUGUCACUGUGUGACAUUCAUAUGAAUUUUGGUGUCUAUCACAUUGCAUUCAAUCAGCUGUGAUUAUGCUUAGAAAUACUAUAGUAACUAGAUGCAGUGUGAAUAUUUUCCAUUAACAGUAAGUCAGUGGCUUAAAUGUGAUUAUGGUCCUGCAAGGUGAUACUUGCUAAAAUAUCUAAACUUUUUUUUUGUUGUUGUAACUGAAUCAUUUUUUAAAAAUUUAUAAAGCUGGAAAUGAUCAAAUGCUGUUUUUUCAUUGUCAACAGUGGUGUGUCAUUUUAUGUAUGUUCCUAAUGCUUAUGGAACGCUCCCCAAAUAAAGUUAUUCAAAAAGAGCAAA